GGAGCUUGGAAAACAUUAGCGCAGAGAGGUAUAAAGUGCGAGCAACUUCUAUCGGAUAGAUGCAUAAUUCAGCACAUCUAGGAAGACGUUAAUAUCACAUUCCAAUCUUUGCUGAACUCACAAGAAGCCUAUCUUUCGCCAUGAAGUCCGCAAUCUACCUUCUCACCGCCCUGCUCCCCUUGACCUUGGCUAUACCUUCUGCUGAGGAAGCCGAUGUAGACUCAGAUGACAAUGACGUUCAUCUUGCGGCCAGGUCGCAAUGCAAGUCUGGCAACCAAAUCAACUACUAUCGAUGGCCAUGUUGGAACAACGGGCACUACAAUGCACAGCAGCAGGUCACCUACAAAUGCAAGUGGAGGAAUGGCGACUGGUACAAGACUGGUAACAACUGGUGGGUGAGGGGAAGUGAUGUGCCUUCUCAGUGCAAGAGUGGUUUGCCGACCUGCGACGUCUGAGCGAGAUUGGUCGAGGGUAGUUUGUCUAAUGAAAGGAAUGUGCGAUUGAUUUUUUGAUUUUCUUUUUUAACUCUUUUUGAUAGUGUUUUUGCAG